AAAGCGUCGCAGCAGCAGCUGCAAGGAAAUUCAAUAAAUUUUCAUAAAAAUUUUGUGAAAUAAAUAGAUUGUGAAUAAUAAUAGUGUUAUGGAGGAGCUACGCAAGCAUUUAUCCAAGGUAAACGUACCCUGCGGCAAUCCACCGAUCUACAAAGACGAAUGCGUCUUCUCCUACGACAAUCCGGAAACGCCGACCGGACUCUACGUGUGUCUGCAAAGUUUCCUGGGCUUUGGGGAGGCGUACGUACGGGAAUAUGCCGCCAAAACCGGCAAUGUGGUGUUCUUACACAUUAAGCGGGAGCGCAAACUGAAGGCGGGCGAGUCGCACGACGAGAAACUGAAGGCGGCCUCGGAGGAGGCCGAGGCCGGGCCGGAGCGCAAAAUCACACGCCUGGCCAUUGGCGUCGAGGGCGGCUACAAUGAGACUGACUUGGCUAAGAAGUACGAGAUCAAGGACACGUACAGCAUUGUUGUGGCACCGCAUCUGGACAAGAAGCUGCCCUACCCGGAUGCGGACCUGCCGCUGCGCGUCACACAAUGCGUCCAGGCCAUACUCGAGGCGGACUCGGCCAUUGCCAAGCUGGAGAAGGCCACGCUCACAGGCACGUGGGAUGGCGAGGUGCGUCAGGCAUCGAAGUAUGCGGAGAAUCUGCAGCAGCUGGACAACGGCAAGAAGAUACCGCCAGCGGGCUGGCAAUGCGAGAAAUGUGAUCUGACCAACAAUUUGUGGCUGAAUCUAACGGAUGGCUCCAUACUGUGCGGUCGGAAGUUCUUUGACGGCAGCGGCGGCAACGAUCAUGCCGUGGAGCAUUAUCGCCAGACGGGCUAUCCGCUGGCCGUCAAGCUGGGCACCAUUACGGCGGACGGCAAAUCGGAUGUGUUCUCCUAUCCGGAGGACGAUAUGGUAUUGGAUCCGCAUUUGAGCAAGCAUCUGUCACACUUUGGCAUCAAUAUGGCCGCCAUGCAGAAGUGCGAGAAGUCCAUGGUCGAGCUGGAGCUGGAGAUCAAUCAGCGCAUCGGCGAAUGGUCCGCGCUGACGGAGAGCGAAAGCGAACUGCAGCCGGUGGCCGGACCCGGUUUUACGGGCAUGCGCAAUCUGGGCAAUUCGUGCUACAUCAACAGCGUGAUGCAGGUGCUCUUUGUUAUUCCCGAUUUUCAGCAGCGCUUCGUUGGCAGCGGUGCUGAGCACUAUUUCAAGGCGUAUCCCAGCGAUCCGGCCAACGAUUUCAACAUACAAAUGGCCAAACUGGGCAAUGGGCUGCAGUCGGGCAAGUACAGCAGUAUUGCGGCGAAUACCCUAGAUAUGGAGCAUAUGACGGGCAUAUCGCCGGCCAUGUUCAAGAAUAUUGUGGGCAAGAAUCAUCCGGAAUUUAGCACCAAGCAGCAACAGGAUGCCAACGAUUUCUAUUUGCAUUUACUCACCCUGCUCGAUCGCAAUUCACGCAAUCAAUUCAAUCCCGCCGAUGCGCUCAAGUUCCAGCUGGAGGAUCGUGUCGAGUGCAUGGCCAGUCGCAAGGUCAAGUACAAGAUGCGCGAGGAGUACAGCUUCCGGCUGCCCAUACCGCUGGAUCAGGCGACCAAUUUGGAUGAGGUGCGCGAGUAUCAGGAGCGACAGCAAGCGGCACGGGCCAGUGGCCAGCGUCUGUUGGAUCGUGAUCUGGUGCGGCACAAGGUGCCGCUGCAGGCUUGCCUGGAACGCUUCUUUGGCACCGAGCUCAUCGAACAGUUCUAUUCGACGGCCAUCAAUGGCAAGACCACGGCCAAGAAGACCACACGCAUGGCCAGCAUGCCCGACUUUCUGAUGAUCCAUUUGGGCAAAUUUACGCUGGGCGACGAUUGGGUGCCCAAGAAACUGGACGUUUCGGUGGACAUGCCCGAUGAACUGGAUCUGGGCGCUUGGCGUUCCAGAGGCGGGCCGCAAGCCGGCGAGGAGCUGCUGCCGGAGCCGGCCGCCGAGUCGCCCAAAUUUGUAUUCGAUGAGCACGUCAUGUCCGAGCUGCUGAACAUGGGCUUUCCGCAGGAGGCCUGCAAACGCGCCUGUUACCAUACCAAAAACAGCGGACUGGAGGCCGCUUCCAAUUGGCUCAUGGAGCACAUUGCCGAUCCGGAUAUAUCGGAUCCGUUCGAGGUGCCCAACACACGCAUUGGCGACGGCGCCGCCGCCGCCGCCGCCCACUUUGCUGCCAAUCCCGAAAGCCUGGCCAUGCUCAUGAGCAUGGGCUUUGACGAGCGCCAGGCGGUCGCCGCUCUAAAAGCCACCGAUGGCAACGUGGAACGUGCCACCGACUGGAUAUUCUCGCAUGCCGAAGGCGGCAUCGAUGAUGUGCCAAUCGCUGCGCCCGCAUGCACCACGGCCGCCGCUGCAGCAUCCACGAGCAAUUAUCGGGACGGCACCGGCAAAUACAAGCUGGUCGCGUUCAUCUCGCACAUGGGCACCUCCGCCCAGGUGGGCCACUAUGUCUGCCACAUACGCAAGCAGGGCGAGUGGGUCAUCUACAACGACACCAAGGUGGCCAAGUCACAGAAUCCGCCCAAAGAUCUGGGCUAUCUGUAUUUGUAUAUGCGCGACGAGUAGACGCGAGCCCCCGACGAUGAUCUCCCCCCCCCC